UAUCCGAACAGGAGUUUGCACAGGCGAUUAAAGUUUUUAUCCCCAGCGCCACGGAUGCGGAAAUUAUAGAUCUUAUGAGAAAGGUUGACUACGAAGCGAAGGGGUGCACAACUUGGGAUGAUUUCUCAACGUUUUUAGUCUCCCAAAGUCGUCACCGCUCCCAUCUUGCUAAUGGACCGAUUUCAGAGUUAUCCACAACACCUGAACCGAGCUAUUGCUUUUCGCACUCGCAGCAUAUAACGGGAACUUGCAUGGAGGCGGACACACGGCGUAAACUCCUAUUGACCGGUGGGUCCGAAGGCACUGUACGGGCAUGGGACCUGGAGACUCUGACAAGCCGUGGAAUUGUCUUUGCAGGGGACUGUUGGGUUGUUGGUGUGCACUGGGCGAAUCAAAUUCAAAGUAUCCUUAUUGUAACAAUGGAUCGUAGGGUGAUUGUUCUGGAUUCGAAAACCCUGGAGGUAAAGCGCCUCUACCGUGGGCGUGCAUUAGUCGACACUAUGGAUGGUUAUAUGUACGCCCAUGAUAGUGUACAGUCCGUCAAGGUGGGGGGGAAGAUCAAGGCAAAGGAAAAGCGGUUCGGUCCGAAAGGUGCGAGAGACUUGUUUGGAGCCGCCUCUACAAGUAGUAUUGGUGGUGGUGGGAGUCCAGUUGCCUAUCCUGUGAAACAGCACUCUAGUGAAUCUAAAAGAAAAAUGCCGGCUGCCGCAACAGCGUUAGCGCCACCCGGUACGGGUCCCUAUGUCCAGUGCCGUGUGGAGGAGUGCAUGCUUGCAGGUCUUGUGGAUUCCGUAUCUUGUUCACUUUUUCAUCAUUCUAUGCUGCGGGAAGAAGUGCUACUUAUCGCAACGGUAGUGGGUGAGGUUCGAUUCUAUGUGAUUCCAAAGGCUUUACGAAGGGUGGUCUCCCCGUAUGCGGUAGUCCGAUUGCAUGAAAAGCGCAUCAACAAAAUGAGCAUCCUUUUUGAUAGUAAUGCCCUUUUAACGGCGUCUGAUGAUGGUUUAGUGAAAAUGACUUCCCUAGAUACAGGUGUACAUCUAAGAACUUUUUUUACUUCGGGAUCAGAACAGCACUCCGCCGUGCAUGAUUUUGCAGUGAAUACACAGCUGCGUCUGCUUGUAACUGUGGGCCCGGAACGAUAUGGCAUUGUUUGGGAUUUUUCGCAUGACGCACCGUUAGCCAUCUUGGAUGCGCACAAUAGUCCCUGUCGCUGUUGUGCGGUGCACAUAAGACAAAGGCAAAUCUUUACGGUGGGAAUAGAUGGAACGAUUUUUAUCUUUGACACGCACGGGUAUCGCUUGACGCAGGUGAUACAUGUACACCAUCUUCAUCCCCAGUGCGUUGUAUAUGAUGAAAAGAAGAUGCGUCUUCUCUGUUUGGCUUCUCAUCCUUAUUACCAUGGGAAGGAACUUAGUGCGGCGUUUGCCUGUUCAAACAAGUACCAGGGUAAUAUGGCAUCGAUGGUGGGUAUGAUAUACAACAAGACGUAUGAUCUUAUUGUUACUAUUGAUUUAGAGGGAUUGGUUAUGACAUGGAAAAGAUCCAACGGUGCUCCUGUUUUUGCAUUUCAAUUGAAGGAUUUUUCCGAUUCCGUGGUUAUGAAUGCAGCACGGCUUUCUUCCUUUGCAUUGGAUGGAUUGGGGCGUCGAUUACUGACUGGGUUUCAGAAUGGUGCCGUGGCUGUUUGGAAUUUGGUAAAUGGUCAGACGACGAAUGUCAUCACGGCAGCCACCGAGAGUUUUGCCACAACCACGUUAAGACCAGAGGUGACGUCGCUUGAAUCUCUUAUGCGGGAUGGCACCACUUUUUUCUUUUUUGCCGCGGCAGGUCAUCUUUUCUCCACGAGGGAGUCUGGCACAUUUACAAUUGCGAGCGCAAACAAGUGGGAGGUGCCAACAGUCUACGGAGAGAUCCUUUCCAUGUUGCCCGUGUCACUGCAGAUCCUUGUUUGUGGGACUUCUUCUGGUGCUCUUAUUUUCUAUCAUUUCUUGGCUGAGCGUCAGGUGGGAUCGGCAUUGUGGGUGACGGAGCCCACGGAAUCCAUGCACCGUUCCAUUUCAUUUUCGUCAGAGAAACGUCGUAGUGAUGUGCAGGCGUCCGUCCUCACAUCGCGUAUCAUUGCAAUAUUUCCCUUGCACGCAGUGGGACCACAUAUCCUUAUGUCUGUGCAUGCGGAUGGCACGGUAGCGUUAUGGCACACUUUGCGGCGGCUUUUAAUGGACUCUGUUAGCUUGCGAAGUGCGUUCCCAGCGGGAAGAGGGGAAACGGGACUUGCACAUGUGGCAAUUGAUGAGUGCAAUCAAUGUUUUGUAUUUGCAGAUGAUCGAGGCGAUAUUCACGUGUGCAACCUUCAACUACAAGCGGUGAAUGAUCCGGGCUCCAUGCGACCAGCGCGUACUCCGCCGUUGAAAGGCGAUGCAGAAAGACCGAUGGCUCAUUGGCCCGGCUCACCCUUCCGCAACUACGAGUUUGUGGGAAAAUCCCCAAGCUCGAAGGCAAAGGGACAAAAUGAUGUGGCCGGACAGCCCGAUGAGAAUCAGCAGCAGAAAGGACUAGAGCAAGAGGUGGAUGUAGAGAAAACCCUUUAUGUAUUUCUCCGAUUCUGCCAGGAAUAUGUGUUUCAUUGCGGUUUUCCCUCGGUGUCAGGGGUGUCCAUUGUAAAAGAACCAAUACGGCGAGAUCCACGAGGAGUAACAACAGCAUCCACAGCAACAGAGACGCCUUUGCCCAUCGCGAAAGGGGCGGAGGUGGGGGAGCAAGCGUGUGGGAGUUUAAGUGAGGGAGAAGCAGAGCAUUUUAUCGGCAACUACGGUCCGACUUCCGAUGCCGGUUUUUAUCUGGACCUCACGUCUUCCACGGCAUCAGCAGGCAUAAUUGUUGUGUCGUCUGGCUCAGACAACUUUACCCGAGUGUUUACGCUUACUGGUACGAUUAUUGGGGAGUGUGGAAUGAACAUCUGGACCCUAGGCAAAGAGUCAACAUAUGAGUUCCUUGGUGUAAAACCGACAAGACGACUUCCAGCACGGGGCUGCUCUGUUCAAGCAGUUGACUUUCUUCAAGAAACACCGAAAGGGGAAAAGAGUCAUCCGGUGGGUUCCCGAGGAUUGCGUUUGACGCGUGGUACAUCAAAGGUGGGCAAAAUCCUUCGGGAUUCUUUCUCAGGAAGUGAGUUGUCUACAUGCCAUCCCAUGGCAGACACGACGGAGCUCUGGACCUCGCCUACAACUCGUUUUCCUCCUUCCGCGCCCCCUAGUGGGGCAACACCAGAGAUCAAUCCACUGGAAUACCCCUCCAUGCAGCCAACGGGUGCAGAAGUGCGGGAAUUUGGGAAUCGAGAAAAAAAAGAUUCACACGCAAAAGACCGCUUGCUACGGCGAUUUCUCCCGAAGGCAACUACACCCUUUGAGGAAGCCGGUGUCCUAUCCACGCAUAUUCACUCACGGCGUUUAAAGGAAGAAAAUAUUCAGGGUCUUGUCAAGAGUGAAUUUAUUUCUAGACUGCGUGGAUUGCCUGUGAACGGCUCUGAUGAAGAUUCAGCUGCCCACAGAACACCGCUGGCUUUCGAAAGGAACCCCAGGGGCGGUGUGCAUGCUGAGCCAUCAAGUGAAUCUUUCUUGUCCGCUUCCGGCGUCAACAAUCACAACAGCAUUAACACGAAUAAUCAUUCAGGUUUGACGAAUGGUACGGCAGUUGGUAAUGGUUUACCGGAGGAGACAUUCACGCCUUUGGAUACAAGAAACCACGUUCCACCUGUUUUUGUUGUUGGAGGUCUUUCGCACUCUGGUCGAAUGGCAAAGGCGCAGGCUGGAGCAGUCGCAUGGAAGUGGGAUUUACCUGCAUCAAACGAUAUUGAGGUGACGCAGACUCCUGUCUCAUGCGCGCUUCGACAGAAUGCUUUUUCAGCUCUCACCGCAUCCCCCGUGGAAGAUGAAGCUCAGCGGCAGGACCUCAUUCAAGAGCACAUGGAGGCACAAAGACGCAUGUUGCUUGCACUUGGACGCAAAGACUCAGUCCUUGGAACAGUGUUGUCUUGCCGCAGCUCUAGGCACAACAGUGUAUCCCCAUCUGAGAAAAUGGGAAAGACUACUGGCACUCAGUUAUUGGAGACACUUCGGAUUCAGUCCCUUGGCAUGAUGGAAACGAGGGACCGAAUCGCGCGGAUCACGGCGCGGCUGCACUUGGCCCCUGUCAGUCCAAUAGUUCCUCCGUCAGUAAUUCGUGAGCGCGAAGGUGAUUCUCCAUUGAAAGAUGAAAGGAAAAGCACGCACAGUGCCGCUUUUCGGUGA